AUGGUAUUUUUAUUUUUUUUACCUGUCACGUAUUGUGCUGUACAUUAUCUGUAUGCAGAACCAACAACUGUGGAACUACAUGUGGAUGGAAUUACAGACAUCUGCACUAAAGAACAAGACAUCAACUUUGUUUUUACGGGGUUUUCAGUCCUGGGAACUGUCUUGAGUAAAGGGCAUUUAUUGGGGCCUGCAGGGGUUGAAGUAAGUUUGAGAAAAGCAGGAGAUGAUGUCCUUCAGAGUGUCCUCACGCAAGCUGGAGGCCAGUAUGCUUUCCUCAAAGUGCUUCCAGGAAGUUAUGACAUCACCGCCUCCCAUGCCUCAUGGACCAUGGAGCAGAGCUCAACCACUGUGGUUGUGUCAAAUGAAAAUGCCCCCGCCGCAGUUCCUCUUGUGGUAAAGGGCUAUGAUGUCUCUGGAGAGGUGCAGAGUGAUGGUGAACCCAUGAAAGGAGUCAGCUUCCUCCUUUACUCUGCCAGUGUAACACAGGAGGAUAUCAAUGGCUGCAAUGUGGCUCCUGUGGAUGGGGCUUUAGUUGGCGACCCCUCCCUUGUGUAUUUGUGCAGUUCCCAAUCUCGUGAGGAUGGCACUUUCUCAUUCCCCUGCCUUCGCAGUGGUGAAUAUACUGUGGUCCCAUAUUACAGAGGAGAGAGAAUCACUUUUGACGUUGCUCCUUCUCGUAUGGAUUUCAAAGUAGAACACAGCAGUUUAACGUUGGAGCCAAUAUUCCGGGUCAUGGGAUUCUCUGUGAUGGGCAGAGUUCUGAAUAGCCCCAAUGGAGAGGGUGUUGCAGAUGCUGUAGUAACGCUUAACAACCUAAUGAAAGUGGAGACUAAAGAAGAUGGUUCAUUUCGUUUGGAGAAUAUGACCACAGGCACUUAUACCAUCAACACGCACAAGGAGCUGAUGUUCUUUGAGCCAGUCACUGUGAAGAUUGCUCCCAGCACCCCUCAGCUGCCAGACAUCAUCACUGCAGGGUUUAGCGUGUGUGGUCACAUCUCAGUCACCCAUCUUCCUGAGACGGUUAAACAGCUUGGGCACUACAAAGUUACACUCUCGACUCAGAGACAGGAUCAGGGCUUUUUCCGCACUGUCGAAAGUGACAGUCAUGGAGCGUUCUGCUUUCAAGUUAAACCAGGAGACUACAGUGUACAGGUGACCCUCCCUGAAAGUGAUGUGAAGGCUGGGCUUACUCUUCAGCCAUACUCUCUCGAUAUCUCACUUGUGGAUCGUCCUAUCACUGACCUUCUCUUCACUCAGUUCAUAGCAUCUGUUUCUGGCUCCGUGUCCUGUCUUGUGGCAUGUGGAGAUCUGACAGUCACUCUUCAGCCUGUGAGCAGACAGGGAGAGAGGCAGAACCUCCAGUUGUCUGGCAGCAGUGAAACUCUCAGCUUUACUUUCAAUAAUGUGUUACCCGGGAAGUACAAAGUGUCUAUCACCCAAGAAGAAUGGUGCUGGAAGCAAAAGUCAGUGGAGAUCGAUGUACUUGACUCAUACGUGGAGGGAGUGGAGUUCAGACAAACCGGAUAUUUGCUGCGCUGCUCACUGUCCCAUGCCAUUACUCUGGAAUUUUUCCAAGAUGGCAGCUCACCAGAGAACGUUGGCAUUUACAAUCUGUCCAAAGGAGUCAAUCGCUUCUGUCUGUCCAAGCCAGGUCUUUAUAAAGUGACUCCACGUUCCUGUCACCAGUUUGAACAAGAUUACUACACCUACAACACGUCUGCCCCAAGCAUUUUAACCCUGACUGCUGUUAGACACCACAUGACGGGACUCAUUACCACUGAUAAGAUGCUGGAUGUCACUGUCACCAUCAAAUCUUCCAUUGAGAGUGAGCCUGCUUUGGUUCUGGGGCCCCUGCGUUCAAAUGAGGAGCAGCGAUGGGAGCAGCAGCUUCUGGAAAUAGCUGCCCGUAAGAAGGAGAGGGAAGAAAGAGGAGACGAGAACAGCCCCCCUGUGGAAGAGAAACCAGAUGAACUCCAUGAGCCUUUCCACUAUGAAUUCUCCUACUGGGCACGGGCUGGGGAGAGGAUCACAGUCACACCUUCAUCCAAAGAAUUUCUGUUUUACCCUCCUGAAGUAGAGGCUACAAUCACUGGAGAGAACUGCCCAGGUCAAAUGGUGGAGAUUGCGGGCCGGGCAGGGCUGUUCCUCACAGGGCAGGUGUCGCCUACCCUGGAGGGUGUGGAAAUCUCCAUUAAGGAGAGAGGAGCUACAACCCCUCUCAUUACAGUUCUCACGGAUGAAACCGGAACCUACAGUGUUGGACCCCUACAUAGUGACUCUCUGUAUGACAUCAGUGCCAGUAAAGAGGGCUUUGUCCUGACUCCAGUGGAGGGAAACACAGGAGACUUCAAGGCAUUUGCCCUGGCAGGCGUCACUUUUGAGAUAAAGGCAGAGGAUGGUGUUCCUCUCUCUGGGGUUCUGUUGUCUCUCAGUGGGGCCAACUUCCGCUCAAACAUGCUCACUCAGGACACUGGCCUCCUCACCUUCAACAACCUGAGUCCUGGCCAGUACUAUUUCAAGCCCAUGAUGAAGGAGUUCCGCUUUGAGCCCUCAGCACAAAUGAUCACAGUAGAAGAAGGACAGGUUCUCCAUAUUACCAUAACUGGCUUCAAAACCGCUUACAGCUGCUAUGGAACAGUGCAGUCAAUAGGAGGCGAUGCGGAGCAGGGUGUCGCUGUGGAGGCAGUGGGGCAGGGAGAGUGCGGCAUGUACAGUGAGGACACGGUUACUGACGAAGAGGGCCGCUUUAGACUCAGAGGCUUGCGGCCUGAGUGUAACUACAACAUUCAGCUGAGAGGAGAGGGAAAUGAUCACAUUGAGAGAGCAUUACCGCCACACAAAACCAUCAAGGUGGGCAACACUGAUAUUGAAGGAAUAAACAUAAUCGCCUUCAGACAGAUCAAUCAGUUUGAUCUGAGUGGCAAUGUCAUCACUUCCUCUGAGCAUCUUCCCACUCUCUGGGUGAAGCUCUGCAAGAGUGACAACCUUGACAAUCCCAUUCAGAGUGUGUCUCUUGGCCAGUCCAUGUUCUUCCACUUUGCCCCCCUGCCACGUGAUGGAGAGAGCUAUGUGUUGAUUCUGCACACAUCACUUUCUCAAUCCCAGUAUGACUUCAAACUCCCACAAGUCUCGUUCACGUCUUCUGGUUACCACAAACAUGUAACACUAACCUUUAACCCUAAGAGGAAAAUACCAGAUCAAGAUGUUGCCCAGGGAUCUUUCAUCGCCCUUCCUCUGACAUUACUGCUGUUGCUUGCUGUCUAUAAUCAUGAGCGGGUGAUCCCACUUCUUCUGCAGCUGGUCAGUCAGAUCCAGGGUGUUCGAGGACUUGCUCAGACAAGCGCGGAUGGACUCCCUGUGGAUGAAGCCAAGCGCCAAUCAAAAAGGCCAAAGACGAGACGUACAUGAGACCUCAGUAUGUCCUAGUAUGAAGGCCAACCCAGUCACUGCAUUCAGAUCUCACAAGCGUCCAGUGUCAGACAGCACGUAAGACCAUGUUGGUCUGAACAUAAAAUCCUAUAAUAAAAACAACCUCGCCUGGGGUCGCCGAAGUUUUUUGGACAUAUUUAAUCUUGCUCGUCUCAGAUAACCGAAGGUUCUUUUACUGUGGUGUCUUGGACACACAGAUCCCUAUAAUUUACAGUCCUUAGCAUGCGAAUGUGGCCCGGAGAUUGUGUUUUUAUGUUUGUGAGAGACUGCUCAGGGAGGAUGGCUGAUUUAAGAGACUUCAAAUGUGUGUGCUAUUUUUUUUUUUUCAGUAGUAUAAAGAGUAAUAUGAUUCCAAUAAUACCCUGAAUGACUAGAUUUUAUUAAAUCCCUACUCCAAUUAAAAAAAGUUGCUAUCAGUUCAGUUUUUUUAUAACUACUUGAAUUUGUAGAAUUAAGUUGUAAUUUGCAAACGUAAACACCCUUACAUUUUAAAAAUAUAGAGAUUAAUAAACAUAAACUCACUAAAUUAAUUCUGUAUGAUUUUAGUUUCCCUCAUUUGUUUAAAUGCCACAAAACAUAACUAAAAGCUUACAAAAAUAAAUUUUUCAAUUCCUUAAAAGUAACUAACUUGCUGCUACCAUUUGAUGAGUUCAAUACAUAUUCAUUCCACUGCAUUCAUAUGAUAUAAUAAAGUGUUUUUGAAAUUA